AUGGCUCCUCAAACCCCCAAGAGGCUCCUGUCCAACGUCCUGGAGGACUUGACCAAGUCCGACAUGGAGAAGUUCCGCCACGAACUGCAGGACCGCCGGAGCGGGACCCGGCGGGUCCGUCGGAACCAGCUGGAGGGAAAGUCCAUCUUGGAGGUGUCGGACGUGAUGAUCCAGGUCUUCACGGAGAAAGAAGCCCUGAAGAUGGCCGUGGACAUCCUCCGGGACAUCGGCUGCUGUCAGGACGCGGACGUCCUAGCUGAACAGAUACGUUUAAACUCCUCCAGCGAUGAAGGUUCAGCCAACGCUGCUUCCAGUGAUGCCGAGCACUGUUAUAAAGAAAUGCACAUUCGUCUUUUUAAAUAUAUAUAUAUUUUUUAUGUUUUCUCAGAGGAGCACUUUGUGGACAAACACAGAGACCAGCUGAUCCAGAGAGUGUCCAACGUUUCCGCCAUCUUGGAUCAGCUUUUAAAGGAAAAAGUGAUUACAGAUGAAAUUUAUGAUGAUAUCAGAUCCAAACCAACCAGUGUAGCCAAGAUGAGGGAGAUCUACACUGGUCCAAUGAAAGGAGGAAAAUGCUGCAAAGAUGUCUUGUACAAAAUCCUUAAAAAUCUGGAACCAUUUCUCAUCGCCGACCUCGAGGGAAACUAA